CAUUCGGGCCCGUACGACAGUGUCACGCAAGAUUUCGCACGGUGCGCACACGCAGAGAGCGCGCGCGUGCUCAAACUUCACAAUGGUGCGGAGUUGGUGUUUCUUCCCACGUUUCGCGGUCAUCUGCUUGCUUGCCUCGUUCAGUGCAAUCGGUGCUGCUGGGCAGCAGGAGCUUUUCCCCCUGUCUAUCGUGCACAUUAACGACUUUCAUGCCCGCUUCGAGGAGGUGAACGAGGCGAGUGUCACGUGUGAUGGGGCGGCCGGGGAGCGAUGCAUCGGUGGGUACGCCCGCACGGUGACGGUCGUGAAGCGGCUGCUGGCCGAGCGACCGAACGCAAUCUACCUGAACGCGGGCGACAACUUCCAGGGCACGCUGUGGUACAACAUUCACCGAUGGAACGCAACGUCGGAGUUUCUGAACAUGCUUCCGGCCGAUGCGAUGACGAUCGGCAACCAUGAGUUCGAUAAUGGGGUGGAAGGUGUGGUACCGUUUCUGGAGACGAUCGCUUCGCCGGUGCUGCUGGUAAAUGUGGACAACAGCCUGGAACCGGAAUUUAACCGGUUCAACAAGAGUCUGGUGCUAGAGCGCGGCGGGCGUCGUAUCGGGGUGAUUGGGGUCAUCCUCAGCACGACCGAUACGAUCGCCAACACGGGCGAGCUGAUGUUUGAGGACGAGGUCGAAACGAUCCGAACGGAAGCGGAACACCUUACCGAGCUCGGGUGCGACAUUAUCGUCGUCCUGUCGCACUGUGGCAUCGAUGUGGAUCGUUCGAUCGCGGCGAAUGUUGGCCCGUUGGUGGACAUCAUUGUGGGGGGCCAUUCACAUAGCUUCCUGUACACGGGCGAUCAUCCGACCAUUCCGAUGAAUCCCGUGUCCGAAUAUCCAACGGUCGUCAGUCAACCGAACGGACAUCGGGUGCUGAUCGUGCAGGCUUCCGCCUACACCAAGCUGGUCGGGGACAUUGUGCUGUACUUUGAUGAGCAGGGCGUCAUUCAACGGUGGGAAGGUAAUCCAAUCUAUCUGAGCAAUGACAUUGUGCCGGAUCCGGCCGUGGCCCAGGCACUAGUCCCGUGGAAGGUUGCGGUCGAUGAGAUCGGCAACAGGAAGAUCGGUGCGACUGGGGUCGAUCUGCAGAAGGCGACCUGUGGCUUUGGGGAGUGCAAUCUGGGCAGUCUGAUAGCUGACUCGAUGGUGGCCGCCUUCGUGCCAAAGGCAGAACCGGGUCAAUGGACCUAUGCAGCCGUUGCCGUCCUUGCCGUCGGUGGCAUUCGAGUAGGACUGUUCCGUGGAGAUCUUGCGUUCAAAAACCUGAUCGAGGUGCUGCCGUUCGAGAACGCGCUCGUCUGCUUCGACAUGCGCGGCGACCAUCUGAUCGAGCUGAUGGAGUACAGUGUGGCCAAGUCUUGGGACGAGGACCGGUUCAACGGUGCCAACAUGCUGCAGGUGUCCGGUUUGCGUGUCCUGUUCAACGUCACCAACCCGGUCGGGGAACGGGUGCUCGCGUUGGACGUGCUGUGUCAUGAUUGUGACGUGCCCAAGUACGCGCCGGUAGAACCGUUCCGGAAGUAUCGCGUCAUAACGAACUCGUUCCUGGCCGGCGGUGGUGAUGGGUUUACCAUGUUCGAGCGGUACGGACAGCGAAAGGUGAACGGGCCGGUAGAUAUCGACGCGUUCGAGAGCUACGUUCGGGAACGAUCGCCCGUGCUGCAGGGAUUGGAUGGAAGGAUAACGGUUCUAACGUAGAGUAGCAAUAUUUGGGGUAGUGAUACUGGUGUAGUUAUAGGUGUAGUACACAUUCUCAUCGCUUAGUUUAGAGCUUGACAGCAUACAAACACGCAAUAAAUCAGCUUAAUCUCCCAUAUAA